AUGCGGCAGAACUUGGUUUUUUUAGAUGUAGCAAAAACACUUGUAAAAAAGUGUCCUUUGUUCCUUGGUCUGAGGACAGCAGAACAAGUAGAACCUGAGAAAAUCAGACGUUUGUUACCAGCUGAGGUGGCAUUAGUGGCAGACAAUGAUGAGAUGGCUGCUUACUUGAUCAGAAUGAUGUGGCAUGAAAGGUAGAGUGACAUCGGUUGGAAAAAAAGGGUUAGUCUAGAUGUGUUGCUACUGUCACCCUGGAUGGAAUGCUUCAUUCCAUCAUGGGAUGUCUUCCUUUCUCCCUUUAGUAAUGUGUCUUGCUUGAGAAUACAGCACCUUGAUCUCCCUAGGAAUUGCAUCUAGACCUCUCAACCUGAGCUCAAAAAUGAUAAUAACCAUCAAGUCAGCAGUGUGGAGGGGAGAGGGGUAAUAAAACAAUCAGAAUAUAAAUUCUUAAAAUAACCUAUUAAUUAGUUUCACAUAAAUUUUAUUCUUUAAUUUUAUCCCAAUUCUCUUUAGUGUGCAAAGGUUAUUUUCUUGGAAACCUGAUGAUAUGAGAAAACCUCAGCCAUCUUUCUUCAAUUUACAUUCCAUUAUUGAGAAUCCCAAAAUGAAGGUAAGAAGAUACUUAUAAAGACAACUAGUGCAUUGAUCAAUUCAAAGCCACAAAGUGACUGGCAUUUGAUUCAAAGGCCUUCCCAGAGGUGGAGAAUUUGAAGUUUGCAUGGGUGGGGUGGGGUGGGGAAUUUGAUCCAAGUUGAUCUGUGCAUAACAGAUUACUUGAAGGGUUAACCCUUUAGCCCCAAUAGUGACCAGCAUCUAAUUUCUCCUAACAAUAUAACUGCCUGAUCAAAUGUACAGGUAAUGAGAAUGAAUGCGAUGAUCACCAAUGAUGAAAUGUCUUGAUGUUUGAACAAAUUCUCUCAAUCAGUAAAAUAAGAAACACAUGGAUAAACAGUGACAAGAAUAUACAUGUUGAUAUUGGGGCUUAAAGGGUUAAGAAGAUGUGUGCUGAAUUGAAGUGCAUUCAUUAUUAUCUCCAUGACCUUGAAGCUACUAUCUUGAUGUCCUUACACACAGAACAUAGAGAAUCAAUAGAACCUUCUCGUCUGGUUCAUAUUGAUACAAAAGAUGAUUGUUUAUCAUCACGUUUUCAGAAAACAGUAGUGGCUUUAUUGGACCAAAUGGUGAUUCCCCAUUGGCCUUAUCUACCACAACGCAAAGACACCUAUGACACAGAUGAAGAGGAAGAAGGAAUUGAAGGAGCCUGGAGUACAAUUACUGAUGAUCCCUUGAGCUAUCAUUUUUAUUAUCACAUUUUAGAUGGUGGUGAAGGAGGAAGACCUCCAAAGAUUAUAGAGUCAGUGGAAGAUAAACAGAUCGAUAACAAGUACUUUAGCCUCAAGGACAAAUCAUGCUUACACUUGAUUGCAAAGAGCAAAAAUAUGGUAGGGUAACAAACUGAUGACAAAGGUAUUAAUCAUAUUUCUCUAUAUUCUUGGAUUUAUUAUAAAAGGGGGGCUGUUGCAGUCUGUUUCAAACUGCUUGUCAGACUCUAACAGUUCAAUACUUAAAAUAGCUAAGAAAAUUAGACAACUUGUACUAGCUUGCACUGUAACAAAUUUCUUACAAAAAAUAUUUCUUACUCUCAAUUUCAGGAGGCUUUGCAGCAUCCUGUGGUCAGGAUGUUGAUUAAAACAAAAUGGAACAGUUAUGGAUUUGUAUUUCUCUGGUAAAUUUGUUUGAUGAUUUUAUGGGGUUAAAGUAAUAUAACUUACAGGUCAAGGCAGACCAGAGAAUGUUCUUAAAGGGGGAAAAGCUGGUAUCCCAUUGCAAACUAUCUGAGUUGUUGAUUACUUUCUCUCAGAGAGAUUAAGAGCUGGGGUCAAUUAGCUUCUAUAAAAAAAUUAUGAAUAAAUUACUUGUUUAAAUUUAUGAGGUUUAAUCUUUAGAACAAAAACAUCAAGAGGCAAUUUUUAUCUCGAGGAGUAGUAAAUAUAAAAGAGAAUUGAAAAGGCUUCACCACUUGAAACUUUCAUCAGGAUGAUACAGUCAACAUAAUUAUGUACGAAUUUAACCUUGCUUGCUUUCCACAGCCUUCAAGCGGCAUUCUAUGUCAUCUUCUUGCUCUUCUUGUCGUAUUCUCUGAUACAUGGCUCAACAAGAACGGAUCCCACCCAGUACAGGGGUGUGACGGAUUUCUUGCGUGGAUUUUGUGAGGUUGUCACUCUUGCUAUGGCUGUCUUUUAUAUCUGUGAGGAAUUCAAUCAGAUGAGAGUGUAAGUGACACUUGUUCUUAAUCAGACGAGCGCCUCACAAUUAAAAGCUCAAUUUGCAUUGGGAAUCAUUACCCCUUGGUGAAAACGGAAUUUAAAUCUUGUUUAAAUACGUCCUGUUUUUGCAAAGUGGUUCAUUUUGGCUUCAAACAGAUAUAAGAUGAUAAAACCAUGCAAUUGUAGAUCAGUUUCUAUGUCACAUUUCAGCAUUUUUAAGCGUUCAAACAGUACUCACAGUGACAAGAUAGAAUUUCCCUCUUUGUGUCUUUGUGUUUGUGUAUGAUUCUUGUUCUCCCUAAACGUUUCGUAAAAUCUAUUGUUAUGCCAUGUGACCAGGCCUGCCACAUGAUGCAGUUUGGCCAUUGUUCAUAUAAUUUGAACAUUUGUCAACUGUUUUCCCUGUUGGAAAUCCAAUGAUACUUAUGAAUUUAACUCUGAAGAACAAGGAAACUAGUCAACAUAAACUCCUCUAUUGAUCGACUCUCCAUUUACGGCCGUAAUAUUUUAAGAGUCCAGAAAGUCUGAUGAUAGGGUAAACGCAAUAGGGAACGGCCUGGGAUGAGGAAGGGAAGGGAUUGGCUGGUUGAGGACCGAGCCUUUCAGCCCUGAUUGGUCACACCUGAAAAAGUAAAAAGGCCACUGAAUUAAUCGCGUUAUUAUUAAGAGAGUCACAUAUAUGAAUACACAAGAACAAACUUUAUUUUGUCUGAUUUUUAUCAGAGAUGGGAGCACGUACUUCACAGAUUGGAUGACCCUGUUUGACCUGCAGCUGAUCCUGUGUAUAAUACCUUUACGGUACACUCAUAGCAAGUUACAGUGGAUGGUGGCUUCCUUAGCCUUCCUUUUCAACUUCUUGAGGAUAUUUAAGUUUUCCUGCGUGACAAGGUAACCUUCGCACCCGUUGUAACCGUCGUAAAAGUAAAGACUACGGAGAUAACACUUUGGAAUAAGUUGCUUACAUUGGUAAUGAGUCAAUUUUUAAAUCUAACACAGAUUUCAGACUUAAAGCCUAGGCGUCGGUUCUGCCGAUUUUAGAUUCUCAUAGAGAAAACUGAGAAAAUUUGAAUCCAGUUUUGAGAGCUUUUUUUUAAAGUCAAAUAGUUCGCGCUGCACUUUGAUGAAAUAUCUUACCACUUUAGUAGUCAAUAAUGUUAUUUAUAUACUAAAUGAAUACGAGAGUAAUCGCAAUAGUGAACUCUACUUAAGCAAUAAUGGAAAUUAGCAGUAGUGCUUUUUACCGGUGAAGAUUACUUUCGUUUUCAUUUAUUAAUUCGCAGGUCACUUAUGCGAUUUUCAUAUCUUCGCAGUCCUUUAACAUUAUUUACAAUCCAAAAGCAAAUUGGAAGCAAACUUAGCGUAACUUUGACACACGCGAAGUUCCAAUGAUUCGCCCACGAUUGAGCAUUUACAGAUGCUAUUUGACACGUUACUUUCAGUUUCUCAGAAUUUUAAAUUGCUUUUUGUUUCUCUUUCUUUUCUGUUGAUUGAUUUAAAUUUGCGUUUUCAAGACAUCUAACCACCCUCGCAUCUUUUCCAGGACUACAGGGUUAUACACUAAAACCUUAGCGAAAAUCAUUUUACACGAUGUCACCAAAUCUAUGACUGUUUUCGUUGUCAUCUUCCUCUCCUUCUGUGGUGCAAUAGCUUUAUCUCUCCGUUACUCCACUGAAAACCACCACUUUAGGUGUGUAUUGAUCUCUCCUUCAUGAAGCUUUGUUUUAUUCUGGAAAAGAGUUUCUAGCAGGGGUUUUGCUCAUUGGUUUGUUUAAGGAACAAUGCCAGUGUUAGUUGGCAGUUUUAAGAUCAAAACUAUUUGGUUUGGUUGACCGAGAAAUUCUCAAUAUUUACAUUUCAAAAUUACAAGGAGAAUUAUUUGAAUCAAGGAAAUUUGAGCUUCCAAAACGACAUGGUCUUCAUUGAGUCCCAGUUAAGUGCUGAAAAAUGUAUCAUUUAAAUUUGCGAUGAUUUUUGUAUUUAUAUUUUUCUUAGCUUGGCCUACCACGUCACGAAACAAUCAUGUGUUCUCGUCUGCUUUCUUUAAAUAUAUUACGCAUAUUAUUAUUUUAGGAACCUUGAAGACGUGUUUAUCAGCGGAUUUCGUGUACUGACCGAACAACAACCUAUGGUGGUAGAUUACUCAGCAUUCAAGUAAGUGCGACUGACAAGGUGAAAUUAUUUUUAGCAAUUUUGGUUAUCUAGAUUAUUUAGUGAUAUCUACCACUUGGACGUUGCAAUUAUAAGCACAAAAUAUACGAACACGUCUCAACAAAUCAGUUUAUAUUAUCCGUCGUAGUUUCGAAAGAGAGCGUGGCUAAUGCUGCUUCUCCAACGCUAAAAGCAAUGGUAAGCUUGCCCUCACUCGUUGCACUCCAGUCAAGUAACCAGCUGAAGACCUCCUUUAACGCAGGCAUCUUCUUAAGAGAGCAAUAUUUCUGGAGCUGGGGUUAUAAUCCUGAAGGAGGCUCUGUUUUGGAAAGUUUGCAAUUUUUUAAUCCCAGUGGUGUAUCUUGCAGCUGGCUUUCAAUUCUGCUGAUGAUGGCGUACAUGGGAACAGUGACUGUGAUUCUCCUCAACAUUCUUAUUGCACAAAUGAGUACGACCUUCACUCAGGCCAAGAAUGUCGCUCGUCUGGAAUAUGAUGUGGAUCGUAUUUUACAGCUCACUCGCAUGGAGAGAUUUCCUUUUCUGGUAUGAACGAAUUCGUCGCUAAUGAAUGUGCGGCGUCUAUGAGGGAGAUAAAGAACCGGCAGGGGAAGGAGGAGGUUGUGAAUAUCUGCAUUCCUCGUUUUACGUCUUUAUUGUCUUAUGCAGAACCUGCGGGUGAAAUAUUACAAAGAGGGAGAUUGGAUCAGUGAAAUGAAACUCGCGCAAGGUAGGAGUGAAGUAUUUUACGAGGACUGCUUCCAGCUGCAUUGUUAUCUACAGCGCUAUGAGAAAAUUGUUGUUGUUUUUUUUUAUAUUGUUUCUUAUUUCUACCUUUCUGAUGGUGAGGAGCUGAAGGAUACCUACUUAUUCAGCUAAAAUGGGAAAAUAUACUUUGCUUUCUCAUGCCUUAACAGGUAUAACGUUCUUUGUGUUCUGAAAUGUUAUCUUGGUUUGUUUUUAGAACUUCUUGAAUUUAGUGAAGAUCGCAAUUCUUGA